AUGGUCGCUGUACAAGUGGGCCUCAUUUCUUCUCUCUUUGCCUUACAGGCAGUAGCCGACCAAAUACCACUGGGGUCGGCAGUCCGCAACAAAUGGACUCUAGAUGCAAUCAAGCCCCUCUCCGACCCAGAGUCUGGCCGCGUCAAGUGUUGCCCGGAAGGGACCUUGUUCGAUGGUAACUCUUGCGUCCUUGGAGUUCCGGGUUGUCCAGACGGCACGAAGCUUAAGGGUAGUCACUGCAUCUCCACCACUGGCCCCAUCUGCCGAGAUGGCGAGACCUUCAAUGGACUUGUCUGCAUCACGAGCACUCCACCAUCUUGUCCUUCCCUGUCAAUUCUGAAAGACAAGGCUUGCGUCUUGGAAAUUCCGCCCAAAUGUCCCUCCGGCACACAAUUGGUAGACAAAGUCUGCAUCUCGACCAAGACUCCCAUCUGCGGCAACGGCGAUCGGUUCAACGGCAAGGGCUGCGUCAGUUCCAGCCCACCAGUGUGCCCUGAGGGCACAACUCUUUCCGACGGAGUGUGCAUCAGUGUUAUACCGCCCAGCUGUCCUGCUGGCAGCGAGUACGACGAAGUCAAUAAUGUUUGCAAUCAUCGCCAGCCUCCUCAAUGUCCAGCUGGUACCUUCUCCAAAGGAGGCAACUGCGUCACUGAUAGUGGCCCCGAAUGCCCAGACGGAACAAGAUUCAGCGUCAAGAGAAACACAUGUAUCAUGAAGACACCGCCAUCGUGUCCCCCUGGCGAUACUCUAGAAGACACGAAAUGUGUAUCCCCGGACGAGCCCGCCUGUUCACCUGGGACUGAAAUGUCUGCCGACAAGGCUUCAGGCACCUCCCGAUGUUGCCCACUCCCCUUAAAGUGGGAUGGAGAUGUUUGCUCGUACAAGGUUCCCCCAGAAGGUUGUCCGGAAGGAACCACGCAAGUCGGCGACCGUUGCAGGGCCAUCACAGUCGUUCCCCCUGCCUGCCCCCCAGGAACCAAGUUGGACUGCGAUCGAUGUAUCUCUAUAACACCGCCAGGAUGCCCUCCAGGCUCAGCUCGCGACGGCACUACUUGCAUCUCUGUUGAGCCACCAACCUGCCCAGAUGACACAGCAUUGACCAACGGAAAUUGUGUUUCUGUAGGCGAAGCCAUCUGUCCCACGGGCACUCACAUCCAGGGCGACGAGUGUAUCAGCAUCCAGCCACCCUCUUGCCCCUCCGGAACUAAGUUCAAUGGCAGAGAUUGUGCCAUCAGUAGUCGACCGGAGUGUGAGGAUGGCAGUCACUUCGACGGCGAGGACUGCACCCGGGUGGGAGGAGAUCCUCCAAGCUGUCCCGAGAACACCAUUUACGACGGCUCACGGUGUGUAUCGAGCAUCCCGCCCGCAUGCCCCAAGGGAUCGUCCCUGAGUGACGGAGCAUGUGUCACCGGACAAACUCCAGUGUGCCCUGACGACACGACGCUCGUCGGCGACGAGUGUAUCAGAGGCCCGCCUGCCUGCCCAAAGGGUUUGGUUCUCAAGGGCAACACCUGCAUCAUCAUUGACCCUCCAGAAUGCCCGUCUGGCCAUCAGUGGCUCAGCGGCCGAUGUCAGAACGUCGAGGAGAAGGCCUGUCCGCCUGGAUACAUCUUGAGUGGAGAGGAGUGUAUCUCCGACGGGAUCCCAGAGUGUGACUUUGGAACCCACUUCAACGGAACCGUCUGCGUCGGUGACACUCCGAGCUGCGAGCCUGGAACCGAGUUCAACGGAGAGCGGUGUGCAUCUAUCGUGGAACCCAGCUGUCCUCCGGGCACUCAGUUCAACGGCAGGAUUUGUGAGUCUGAGCAAGACCCCGUUUGUCCUUCCAACACCACUUGGGAUGCUGCUUCCAAGGAGUGUGUGGGACAUACGUUGCCUCAGUGCCCUAAAGGCCAGAAAUUCAAUGGAGAGCAUUGCACUUUGUCAUCAGGUAACUGCAUGGAGUUUGAGUAUUGCCCUCCCGGAAACAAUCGCGGUUUUCUCACACCUGAUUGUGGAAGCUCCUAUCCUAGGUGCCAAUAG